CUCAGAUAACUUACUGUGAAAGGCCGUAGAUAAGAGGAAAUGGUAGGCACUGGAAUGAGGUGUGGAGUUUUGGGACUCAAUUACUGUGUUCCUGUGAGAAAAUUUGGAAGAAGGUUUGGAACAACGCUGGCUAGAAGGAAGGAUUUUGAGGAGAAUGAUAAGAUCCAACAGCGACCCUUUUCGCCUCUGAAGAUUUCGAAGUCAAUUAUCGCUCGCGCUGCCAUUGGAGUGUUUGGAUUAGGGUUCAUUGAUGCCGGGUACAGCGGUGAUUGGUCGAGAAUCGGAGUAAUAACAUCACAGAGUGAGGAAUUGCUUAAGGUUGCAGCUUUUCUAGUUGUUCCCUUGUGUAUUUUUCUGGUUUUUUUCUUGCCCACAGACACAGAUUCUUGAAUUUUUCAGCCAAAUGAAGUGUGAAUUUGGUUGAAAAUCUUUUAGACAUGGAAUCAAUGGGCGCUAUUGUUAAUUUUAUAAGUCUCAGAUCAUGCUUAGGAUAUGAGUAAGCUCAAUCCUCCCACUUGAACUCUGCUAACUGAGUUGGAUGGUGAACUGACAGAUCCAGAAAUGCUAAAAGGUUUGAAAGAAUGUUACUUGAAUGAUCAAUUACAAAUAAUUAAAAAUACUCUUUGAAUAA